AUGCCAAGUCCCUCUCUCUCUUCGUCUCACUCCGAGUCCGGCGACAUCCCGAGUUCAAACCUCUCUUCGCAUUCAAUCGGCUCGCUGAUAACUGUUUGGCCGAAGAGAGUUGGUACCUACAUAACAAAAAAGACAGUUUCCUCAUCAAAAAAGUCAGAUUUAACCAAAGAGAGUCUUGAGGAAUUUAAUAGAAGAAAUGAAAUUUUGGAUAACAAGACAUCAUAUCCAAGGAGUCCUUAUUACAAGGGACUCACAGAUUCAUCCCUUGUUCUCAAUCAACAAAGACUAUCGGUGUCUAGUCCGGGGAGAGAAAGCAAUGCAGUCACUUCAAGCUCUAGAACAAGUGUCAUUGUUAAGAUGCAAGAAUGGGGUAGUUCUUUCUUUAUCUCUAAGACCAAGGAAGAAAAACACUUCACCAGUGCAAGUUCUGAUGGGAUUAGUAAAUGCUCUCAAGACACCAUGACUGCGAGAGCUAGAAGUUGCCCCAGAGUGGCAACAGAUAUGUAUUUGGAAAAGAAAGAUGUGAGCAGUGGUGCCAAGGAAAGCAAUACUACUGCUAUGUCAAAUGUAAGGAAGCCUUUGAGGGAGAGAGAAACAGAAACACCAUCACCAACACUACCAGCAGUUUCACAAACUGCAACAUUGCCACCACUACCACCAAAAACAUCACCAUCACCACCACCGCCUUCACGACCAUCACCACCACCUAGAAAAACAUCACCAACUGAGAAUGGAAGACAGUUUGUUUGGGCAGACAAAUAUCGGCCUGAAGCCCUAAAAGAUUUUCUCUGUCACCGUGAUAAAGCACUUGAGCUCCAGGCUCGGGCAAAAGCAGAAGAUUGUGGCAAUUUCAUAUUUGGAGGACCCGCUGGGGUGGGAAAGAGAACCAUGAUUUGGGCUAUGCUUCGCGAAGUAUUUGGAUCAGACAAUAUAGAGGCAAGGGAGGAGUGCAGAGAAUUCAUCUUGAAGGGAGAAGCAGUGAGCAGCAUCCAUGUAAACUUGAAAGAAUCAUCUAAACAUGUAGAAGUCAAUCUCUCCGAACUAAAAGGGUAUGAGAAGUAUGUCAUAGUUGAACUGAUCAACAAGACAAAUAACAUGGUAUCAGAUAAAGUUUUGCAGUGCAACCCUGAUAACUGUCGAGCAAUUGUUCUGUAUGAGGCAGACAAAUUAUCUACAGAUGCCCUACUAUAUAUCAGAUGGCUAUUAGAGAGGUAUAGAGGGUGUAAUAAGCUCCUCUUUUGCUGCACUGAUGUCUACAAGCUUCAGCCAAUCAAGUCUUGCACUUUUGUGCAACUCCUUCCACCAUCUAACGGCGAGAUUGUUGACGUUUUGAACUUCAUAGCAAAACAAGAAGGCAUAAAUUUGCCACACCAACUUGCUAUGAAAAUUGCUAACAACUCCAUGAAUAACCUGCGACAAGCUAUAAGAUCAUUUGAGGCAACCUGGCAAUUUAAUCCUUCUUUGAAGGAAGAUCAAGAGAUUAUGACAGGGUGGGAAGAUGAUAUUGCCAACAUUGCGAAAAAUAUAGUAGAAGAGCAAAGUCCAAAACAGUUAUAUACAAUCCAUGGAAAACUGCAAAACCUCACAGAGCACAAUGUAUCCCCCGAUUUCGUUUUUAAAACACUAGUGGAAGAACUAAAGAAGCAUUUAAAUGAGGAAGUACAACCACAGAUCGACAAUCUAUAUGAGGAAUACAAUAGCGGUGAUUACAGUGAGAAGCCUUUUGCCUUUGCACGCAGUCGACAUGAGGAAAUGCGCAAAACCGGAAAUGAUCCAUUGAGAAAGAAUGAUCAUCAUUUCAUGAGGAUAGAAGGUAAGCCUUUAUUGGUUAUAGCAAAAUACCUACUAUGA